AAAUACAUACGAAGCGGUAUAUAAAGCUAAAAGCGCAAAUGUAAAAGCCCCAAAAACUGUCACUAGAAGAACUCCAAAAAGAAAAAAUCAAGUGAAAAAAAUCGCUAAUACCGAAAAGAAAAAAAAUAAAACAUUAAAAGAAAAAAAUAUUGCAUUAAGAAAAGAAAAAGAAAAAUGGAAAAAAAUGUUUAAAAAUUUAAAAUUAGAAAAUGAUAAAGAUAAAGAAAAAAUCAAAGAAUUAGAAAAAACACUUGCAACAAAAGAAACAGAAAUUGAAACAUUAGAGAAAGAUAAAGAAAGAUAUAAACUAGAAGCAAAAACUUGGAAAGAAUUAUAUGAAAAAGCUAAAGAAGAAAAAGAACAGUAUGAAACUUUAUAUAAUGCUUGUAUUACUAAUCAUGAAGAUUAUGAUCAUAUUAAAAAAGAAUUAGAAAAAAUUACUAAAGAGCAUGAUGAUUAUAAAAGAGAUUUAAAGAAAAGUCAAGAAGAAAAAAGAAAAAUUAAUAUUGAAAUUCAAAAAAAUGUUCAAACAAUUAUUACUUUAGUAAAAAAAUUUCUUCUUUAUUUAAUGAGACAAAUAAUUGAACAAUUUGAAAAAUUAGCAGAAUCUGAUAUUGCAAUUCGUUUAGUUUUCAUAUCAGUUUAUACUGGACAAAUUAGAAAUUUAUUUGAAAUCACACUAUUAGAAGAAAUUGGUGAAAUAGCUUUUAGUGAUCUUACUAGUCAACAAUGGGUAGAUCAUUAUAAAAUUCCUGUUGCUGGGGGUGCUACCUUACUGACUCCUUUGCUUUCAAAAAUAGAAUUAAAUUUUUAUCUUGUUAGAAUUUGUGAUAAAGAUUUGGCAAAAAAAAUACAAAAUGAUGUAACACUAGCAGAUAUUCUCAUAAACCCCAAAAAUUUAGAAAAUCCAGAAUUAAAAGAUUAUUUUGAUAUUUUAGCAACAUACUAUAGAGAAAUUUCUUUUUGUAUGCUUCCUGAAGAAGAUGAAAUAGAUCAAAAUAUAUUUGAUACAGCAAAUUUUGCAUUAAUCAUGAUGAAGAAAACGUACCAAAAUACCACCACCAGAUCACAAAAUCAACAACAACAAGAUCCUAGAUAUCUUACAGAUGCGCUAAGUUAUUAUUUAGGAGAAAAAUUUUCACUUCUAGCAGGACAAAGUGGUUUACCACAAUUACAACAAGGUCAAAAUGGUAAUGGAGGAAACCCGAUGGAAGAAGAUGAACCAGAUGCAGAAAUUUAA